AACGGAGUGAAGCCGCCGCCAUGGGUUGGUUCUGGCAGCCCUCCCCCUCGCCCAAGCCUCAGCCCGAGGGCUCGAGCGACAGCCCCGCGGUAGCCUCGUCCACUGCCGCACCACCGGCAGCGACGCAGCGACCGCCCGCCGAGUCCCAGUCCGGGCCCGAGCCCGACGCCGCCGAGCGCGAACUGGCCUUGUUCAUGCACAUGCUCCUAAAAGACACCCAAUCCUCGUCCUCGUCCUCAUCCUCCCAACCCUCAGCACAGCAAGAGCAGCAGCAGCAGCAGCCGCCGCAAACGCCCUCGUCCACCUCCAAACCCGAGCCACCGUCUUCCUGGUUCUCCUGGGCAUCAGCCAGAUCCCGCGGCGAGCCCCCCGCCGCCGGCCCCUCUUCCGAACAACAACAAGAUCAACAGCCCAGCAAGGCAGGCUCCAAACCGCCUCGCACGCGAACUCCCCAAUCGCUCGCCAUGUCCGAGCACCUGCUCCCGACGAGCAUGUCGUGCCGCGACGCGUUCGACUACGCAUGGCACUGCCACACGCCGGGGGCGCAGUGGAACGCGGUGUACCGGUACGGCAGCGUGCGCCCGUGCACGGAGCUGUGGGACGACUUCUGGUUCUGCAUGCGGACCAAGUCGCUGGCGCCCGCGGCGCGGGCCGAGGCCGUGCGCGCGCACUACCGCGCCAAGGAGGCCGCCAAGUACGGCGGCGGCCGGCCCAGCAGCGAGGACGUGUGGGAGAGCCGCGACGAGCGCGUGGCCCCCGGCACCGCCUUCCAGGCCAAGUUCGAGCCGCCGAUCGCCGACGACGACGAGUUCCGCCGGGCCGAUGCCGAGCGGAGGAGGCGGAUCCGGGAGGCGAUGGGAGCCGAGAAGGGGGAGCAAGGGCGAGAAGGGAGCGAGAGGAGAUGA